AUGAAAGUUAUUUUACUACUGAGUAUUUUGAGUGUAACCGCGGUAAAAAUUGACGAUGAUCUUCAACUGGAAACAGUGAAAUGUGGAGGAAAAGGCUCGGAAUUCAGCAAAACUGAGGUGUAAGUUAAUGUGAAAUGAGAAAACGACCGGUAAAGUUUUGUAACAGAACUUUUUGCGCUCCCUGUAAUUGGUUGUGCAAACGUUUUACUGAGGUUUUAAUGGUUUAACGUUGUAGUAUUUGGCUUUUAGCACUAUAUGAUACUUUAAAAAGGUACGUUAAGUACUAUGGCAGCUAGAAAUAGUAAAUACUAAAAUGUAAUUUAUUUAGGUUAACCCGUCUAAACAAAUGUGUGAAGAACUUUUCUAAUGAAACCUGCGUCAGAGUGACAAAACCAGAGAUUUUGUUGCAAAAAUUGUACAAACUUAUCAACACUCCAUCUGGAAUAAGUGCAGAAGCGUUUGAGAAUUGUAGCAAAGUAGUUCAUGAGAAAAUGCCUUUUAAACUGCUCAACUUUAUGCAUCAAUACAAUCAACUGGCUAUGGGUAAAAACAAAAAGAGGUGCAUGACACAGAAACGGCUUUGUCGGUAAGAUAGUGGUACUAUGGGUACAUUUACAUCAGACUUUGUUAAUGUACGUUAGCUACAGUAAUGUAAGAAGCCAGAAUGUCAAAGAUUAAAAUACAGUAAGAUUAGAAAUUGACUAAGGCAGGAAAACUCAAGGCAGGGUAAGAAAGAGGAUAGUAUAAGACAUGGUAGGUAGGGUAGAUUAGGUUAGGUAGGGAAGCGUAGGAUUAAACUACCGUAAAUUGGGAAUAUGGCUAGGGUAGGAAAAGGCAAGGCAAGGGAUAAGGUAGGACAUAAUAGGGUAGGGUAAAGUAGAAAAGACAAGACAGCGUAAAGCAUGGUAUAAGGUAGAUUGUAGCAAGAUAAAGCAGAGUAGGGUAGAGUAGGGUGGAAUAGGGUAAUGUAGGGUAGGGUAGAGUAGGGUAAGGUAGGUUACUGUAGGGUAGGGUAAUGUAGAAUAGGGUAAUGUAGGGUAGGGUAGAGUAGGGUAAGGUAGGUUACUGUAGGGUAGGGUAGAGUAGGGUAAGGUAGGUUACUGUAGGGUAGGGCAGGGUAGGGUAGGGUAGGGUAGGGUAGGGUAGGGUAGGGUAGGGUAGGGUAGGGUAGGGUAGGGUAGGGUAGGGUAGGGUAGGGUAGGGUAGGGUAGGGUAGGGUAGGGUAGGGUAGGGUAGGGUAGGGUAGGGUAGGAUAGGAUAGGGUAGGGUAAGGUAGGGUAGGGUAGGAUAAGAAAACAACUGAAAAACCUGAUUUAAAUUCAAUUACAGUGACCUGACCAACUACAUUCGACCGUUUUCGUGUUAUGUCCGCAAGGUUUGUAAUCGCCAAAUGGUCGAUUUGGGCUAUGCGUUAAGCUACGCCUUCCAACAAAUUACUCUUGAACAGGAAGGGCCAUUACGGUAAAAACGUUUUUAAAAUUUUAAAAAAUUUAAAAUUUUUUUUUUUAAUUUUGAAAAAUUUUAUUUAUUUAAAAAUAACUUUUCUAGCUGCUACAUAAGCUGUUCUGAAUCCCAAUUUGACCUGAAUCCGUCAUUAUAUAAGUUUGGCGAGCCGUUAGACACAAAUAACAUAGUAAGCGAACAUAUGUGCAAUGGAGUGCCUGAGAUUGAAACAACUGAUGAGCCUGACCCGGACAAUGUUUUAUACGCCUCAAUGUAUGCCAAGAUCGGCCAAGACUACCAUUAA